CUGAGCCCCAUAUGGGGGUUGGCAGGCAGCAGAGAGGACCCUUUCAAGGUGUGCGAGUGAAGAACUCAGUGAAGGAGCUCUUGCUGCACAUCCGAAGUCACAAACAGAAGGCUUCUGGCCAAGCUGUGGAUGAUUUUAAGACUCAAGGUGUGAACAUAGAGCCAUUCACAGAAUUGAAGAACAUAGCAUUGUAUAGUGGGAAAAGGAAAGGGCCCGAUACAUUGUCUGAUGGACCAGCUUGCAAAAGGCCAGCUGUGUUGCAAACCCAAUUUUUGACACCACCUCAAACACCAACGCCCGGGGAGAGCAUGGAAGAUGUUCAUCACAGUGAACCUAAACAGGACAGCACUGCCGAUCUGCUUCAGAACAUUAUAAACAUUAAGAACGAAUGCAGCCCAGUGUCCCUGAACACAGUCCAAGUUAGUUGGAUGAGCCCUGUGAUGGUCCCUCAGAGUUCCACCCGAGAGCAGUGUCAGAACUUCCAUGGUGGGCAGGUCUUGUCUCCACCUCAGCAGUAUCAGCCAUGCGAAGUCAGCAGCUCCCCUCAGAUGAUGGACCAGCCUUCCAUAUACCAGUAUUCUCCACAGAACCAGAACGUGCAGCAGCAGCAGCAGCAGCAGCAGCACUACAGCCACAACCCAGCUCUGGAAUACAGUCCUUAUUCCAGAACUUCCCAGUCCCCCAACUAUGAACCAAACCUCUUUGAUAGUCAAGAAUCCCAGUUCUGCCCAAACCAAAGUUUUAUAUCCCUUCUAAGAAGUCCUGGGGAAUCUGACCACGUUGCCGUUCCCAUUCAGACUUCUCCCGCUGUCCAGCAGCAAAGUGAAGCUCACCUUCAGAACUUCAGUGUGAUGCCAAACAGUGCUUGUGAGGCCAUGGGGGGCCACGACACAGGUUCUGCCUCUUUAAAUACCUCACUGCCAUUCCAGAACAUCAUCAGAAGUCCAAUGAAUACCACACAGUUAGGCAAGUCAUUUUUUCAGUGGCAAGUAGAGCAGGAGGAAAGCAAAUUGGCAAAUAUUUCCCAAGACCAGUUUCUUUCCAAGGAUGCAGAUGGGGACACGUUUCUCCAUAUUGCUGUUGCCCAAGGGAGAAGGGCACUGUCCUAUGUCCUUGCAAGGAAGAUGAACGCGCUGCACAUGCUGGAUAUUAAAGAGCACAAUGGACAGAGUGCCUUUCAGGUGGCAGUGGCUGCCAAUCAGCAUCUCAUCGUGCAGGAUCUGGUGAACCUUGGGGCCCAGGUGAACACCACAGACUGCUGGGGACGGACACCUCUGCACGUAUGUGCUGAGAAGGGCCACUCCCAGGUGCUUCAGGCAAUUCAGAAGGGAGCAAUGAGGAGCAAUCAGUUUCUGGAUCUUGAGGCCACUAACUAUGAUGGCCUGACUCCUCUUCACUGUGCAGUCAUGGCUCACAAUGCUGUGGUACAUGAACUCCAGACGAAUCAACAGCCUCAUUCACCUGAAGUCCAGGACCUUUUACUGAAGAAUAAGAGUCUGGUUGACACAAUUAAGUGUCUGAUUCAAAUGGGAGCAGCCGUGGAAGCGAAGGAUCGUAAAAGUGGUCGCACAGCCCUGCAUUUGGCAGCUGAAGAAGCAAACUUGGAACUCAUUCGCCUCUUUUUGGAGCUGCCCAGUUGCCUGUCUUUUGUGAAUGCGAAGGCUUACAAUGGAAACACGGCCCUCCAUGUUGCUGCCAGCCUGCAGUAUCGGGUGACACAGUUGGACGCAGUCCGCCUGUUGAUGAGGAAGGGAGCUGACCCGAGUACUCGGAACUUGGAGAAUGAGCAGCCGGUGCAUUUGGUUCCUGAUGGCCCUGUGGGAGAGCAGAUCCGACGUAUCCUGAAGGGAAAGUCCAUUCAGCAGAGAGCUCCACUGUAUUAGCUCCAUUGACUUGGAGCCUGGUCAGCAACACUCACUGUCAGUUAGGCAGUCCUAAUAUAUCUGUACAUAGACCAUUUGCUCUGUAUUGGCAAAUGUAAGUUGUUUCUAUGAAACAAAUAUAUUUAGUUCACUAUUAUAUAGUGGGUUACAUUUAAAGAAAAGAGGAAAAAUAUCUAAUUCCCUCAACAGAUUUGCAUAUUUCAUACCCAGGUAUCUGGGAUCUAGACAUCGAAAUUUGGUCUGAAUGGUAAAAUUGUCUUCUGUUAACAGUAGCUUUUGGGUAGGAAAAGACUUUUAGUAUGUAUUGCCAGUUUAAAGCAGGCACAUUGUAAACAUUUUUUAAAAAAUGAAAGCAUUUGAGAAGGAAAUAGUAAAUGUGGAUAACGUGUCCAGGCUUUAUUUGGCCUGAUGCAGUAUCUGGUAGUUGUUGGUGUUGGAAAGUCUCCAGUCGUUGGACUGGAUGAAAAGUGUUUAUGGUUGGAAUUUGAUUUUUGCAAACUGUGUAUAAUUGAUAUUUUUUUCUUUAAUAAUAUUGAACAUACUUGGUCAUUAACAUGGCCAUAUUUGGAACAUGUAAAUCAAUAAAAUAGAAACGAACAAGUGAAUGGUCACUGUUUUUUAAAGGUAUACACAUUGUGAGUCGCUGUUGUUGUGUAAUCACCCAACUAGUCUUUGUAGAUAACACAGAUGGGGAGUUCCCUUAGCGAAUGAAAGAGCUGUUUCAAUUGUAAAUAUGCUUUUUCUCAGGCACUAAAA